AUGGAUUUGUGCAAAGAAGCUUGGAUGAAAUUUUUAAAGUUCUUAUCUAAUUCAGCUUUUACAGAUGGGACACAACUCAUAAUUGUAAACAACUGCAAAGAAAGUGUAUGGCCUGGAAUUCUUGGCAAUGGAGCACACCCUUCACCUAAAGAUGGUGGGUUUCACCUCGGAAGCGGUGAAGAGAUUGUUGUCCAAGUCCCCAAGGUUUGGUCAGGGAGAAUCUGGGGCAGACAAGGUUGUUCCUUUGACCAACAAACAGGCAAAGGUUUUUGUCAAACAGGUGACUGUGGAGGCCUUUUACAAUGCAAUGGCCUUGGUGGAGUCCCUCCUGCAACCCUAGUGGAAAUGACCCUUGGAACCUCUCAAUCAAAGUUGCACUUCUAUGAUGUUAGUUUGGUUGAUGGCUUUAACCUUCCAGUGUCCAUGAAACCCUUAUGUGUUGGUGUUGAUCCUGGUGCUGAUACCGGUGCCAAUUGUGGUGUUGCGGGGUGUGAGGCUAACUUGAAUGUUUAUUGCCCUUCUGCAUUGGUUGUGAAGAGUAAUGGGAAGGUUGUGGGGUGCAAGAGUGCAUGUUUGGCUGCAAAAACUGAUAGGUAUUGCUGCACUGGAGAGUUUGCUAAAACAUGCAAGCCAACUGUGUUUGCUCGUCUUUUCAAGACCGUUUGCCCUCGAGCUUAUAGCUAUGCUAAUGAUGAUUCCACAGUGCUCAAGACUUGUGUGGCACCUCGCUAUGUCAUUACGUUUUGUCCUCUACACUGA